ACAGCCAUGUCCCCAGUCCCUAUGCUCUGAGGCCACCAAGUGGAAAGCAGCAGUAAGAACUGGUGAGAGGACACAAGGGCUAUUGUCCCUAAGUGCAGAUAGAGGCACCAGAGAACAAAAUGAGGAGUGGCUAGAACAAGCUCCCAAAUUGUAGUAGACUCACAGGAUCAGCCAAGAAAAUGCAGUAUUGUGGUCCCCAGGCUUCCUGUUUAGUGUACCUGCUGCUGCUGCUAUUGUCUACGCUAUUCAUUGCAGUCCAGAGUUUUCUGUAUCCUCGAUCUGGCCAAAAUCCCUAUCUUGAGGACUCUGCUAGGUUCUUUAGUCAUGAAGUCAGAAAGGCAAGACAGACUGGGGUAGAUGAGGAAGAUCCUCUGCAAUAUUGUGAUGGUGACUUUGACAUUUACUUCGUCUUUGACAAGUCCAAAGCUGUGAACGAAUGGGCUGACUUGUACACGUCCUGGGAAGAUAUGGUGGAGAAAUACGUGAACCCCAAACAGCGUAUGAGCUUCAUUCUCUUUGAUACCAGAGCUUCAAUCAAAAUGCCACUCCUCUCAGAAAGAUGGAAAAUCCGCCAAGCGCUCACCAGCAUUGAGACCCUUGUGAUAGAAGGAUCAGCAAACCUACACAGAGGACUGGAAAAGGCUAAUGAACAGAUCCAAACGGUCAACUCGGGAGCCACUAAGAGGCCUAGUCUGAUCAUUGCUGUCAUUUGGGGGGAAAUGACACCACAAGUAUUGAAGGAGUCUAAGGACAAGGCUGAUAAAGCUCGGAGCAUGGGGGCAUACGUUUACUGUGUCGGUAUAAACAACUACGAUAGACAAAAGCUGAAUGAGAUUGCAGACAAUGACGAAAAUGUGUUCGUUGUGGGCCAUUCUGAUGAUCUCCAUGAGCUUGUAGACACGAUUGGCACAAUGACCUGCCUUGAACUCAGAGAGGUGGAGUUUCCGUGCGCAGGAGAAAAUCACCCAGUGCUCUUAAGAGGAUAUGGCUUUCACAAUGCAAAGAAUCUCAACGAAGUUAUUUGCAGAUUCAAGUUCAAUGACUCCACCAUCAUCGAUAAAAAUCCAACUGUUAAGAAUGCCACUGUCAUGUAUUGUCCUGCACCAAAGAUAGAGCAACCUGAACAAAUCAUCUUAGUUGAAGUUAGCCUGAACAAUGGACAAGACUUCCUUGCCCACAGAAUCCGUGUGAAUUCUUCUGACUGUAUACCUCCCCCAGUGACCACUACUCCUGCCCCAGAAACCUCUACAGUUCUGACAACUUCACCAACAAACCUUAUCCCCAAACCAACUAUUCCAGGCUCCCCUACUAUACUCCUCCCUCCUCCAGCUCCUCCCCGUCCUCCUUCACCUGCUCCUCCCCCACUUCCUCCACCUUUAACUCUACCUCCACCUCCAUCUCUAACUCUACCUCCACCUCCACCUCCGCCUCCAACUUCACUUGUGCCUCUGCUGCCAGCUGAGCCAAGCAAGGAAGUUUUGCUCAGCACCGUGGUACUGCUCCUAAUGCUGAUCCCUGUAGUGCUGUGGUGGAUCUGGUGGCUGUGCUGCAGACCGCCUGUCAAGGCACUGCCAGCACCUGUACCACAACCAACGCCCCAAAAGAAAGAAAAGGGCCCUCCUCCAGUGCCUCCUCCAGUGCCUCCCCCAGCUCCACCCCCAGCACCGGUCACUGCGCGCCCCAUUGUAAUCAUCUGCUGCUGUACCUGCUAUGAUGUGUGUGUGAGAAGAGGAACAGAGGGGCCGUAUAUCAACCUUGACCUCCUGAAGGACCUCUGUUCUCGAGUUCCCUGCACCUCUAAGACUGGCUUCUUCCCACCUGAGGAGUACCUGUGCCUGGCCUCCUGUUCUCAGUGCCACCAUCCUCCACACAGUUGUCCCAGGCCAUUUCCUUUGCUCCCUUCCCCUGCCCAGGUGUCUCCCAAAGCCCCCUUGUCACUGCCUCCCAGGCAGCGGACCUCUCAGACACCACAGAGGCAAUAGUGAGAGGUCUU